UAUUAUUAUUUUUCCUUCCCGUGAAAACAUAUAUACCAGUAUGCACCGAGUUUCACUGCUUCGAUUACGACCACAUGCCCUAAACAAACCUUUGCACAUUUGCUUAAGAACAAGUCUCCGAACCACUGCCAAACCUUCUCUCUCAGUACCUUUAUUGUCAGCCUUGGGAUUCACUCAUGUCGAUAAGAAGAAGGCUGUGCGUAUAGGUUCACGGGAAGUACCAGCAACUCCCUCCGAAAUUGAGUAUGCAGAGACACACGUCAAGUCCAAAUACACCGUUGUGCGCAUUUGUCAAGCCAUUGUCAGGUUUCUUGAUGAUUGGCUUUUGGAGCCCAUCAUGACCAUACGUCGUUUGGCUCAUAUUUUGGUGCUAUUCAUACCCGUAGCUUCCACUGUCCCCAUUAUCUUUUUCGGCCAAAAAGUAGAGAAUGAUGAUACAGCAGGAACCAUAUGGUGGUAUGAUUUCUUGGCCACACAAAUGGAACGAGCAGGCCCUACCUUUAUCAAGCUCGCUCAAUGGGUCGCCUCCAGAACAGAUCUUUUCCCCUUGGCAUUAUGUGCCAGAUUAUCUAAACUUCACUCCAACGUCGACCCACACCCUUUUAGUUACACCAAGCAAGUGCUGGAAGAAGCAUUCGGCAGACCCUUGGAUCAAGUCUUUUCCGACUUGGAUCCUGUGCCCUUGGGCGUAGGCGCUAUUGCCCAAGUCUAUAAAGCCAGAUUAAGACCAGGCGUCUUAUUGGAUCAUCCCGAGGAAAAGUUCACUUUACAAGAAAAUAUCAUUACUUCGGAUUCCGUACAAACGUUGGAUCGGGAUGGAAACUCGGUGGUUUUACAUACGGCUGUCGCAAUCAAAGUACUACAUCCAAAAGCAAGACAGAUCGUUCAACGGGAUCUAAUUAUUAUGAAUUACUGUGCUAAAAUACUGACGUUAAUACCCACCAUUCAAUGGCUUUCUUUGCCUGAUGAGGUCCGCGUGUUUGGAGAGAUGAUGAAGGAACAAUUGGAUCUAAGAGGAGAAGCACACAACUUGCAACGGUUCAAUCAACACUUUAAAGACUCCCUGAACGUCAAAAUACCAAAACCAUUAUUAGCUUUUACAACCAAGGAUAUGUUGAUGGAGGAAUACGAGCGAGGUAUCCCAUUGGAUGUGUUUUUAAAACAAGCUUCUUGGGCGAGAGAAUUCGAUGUACAAGGCGUAUUUGAUCAUAAAAUUGCAGAUAUUGGAUUAAAUGCUUUCUUGCACAUGUUGAUCUUUUAUAAUUUUGUGCAUGCGGAUUUACAUCCGGGUAAUAUCAUGGUAGAGUUUUAUAAGCCUUCAGCGCAUCAUCCCUUACGGUCCGCAUGGUCAAAACUGAUUGGAAAAGAGGUAAAAGACGAUGGAGAACUGGCAGUGAACAGAGUCUUGGCAGUCAAGGAUGAUCCCACUGCGUUACAACGAGAAUUAGAGCAAUUACAAUUAGAAGGGUAUUCACCCCGGCUCGUGUUUAUUGAUACAGGCUUAGUCAACGAAUUGAACCAGGUGAACCGACGUAAUUUCUUGGACCUGUUUCAAGCGAUAGCACAAUUUGAUGGAUAUAAAACAGGAGAGUUAAUGGUGGAGAGAUGUAAAUCACCUGAGCUUGUGAUUCACCCGGAUGUGUUUGCACUCAGAAUGCAAAAUCUGAUUAUUGGAUUGAAACAGAAUACAUUUCAUUUAGGUGCAGUCAAGAUUGGGAGUUUGUUACACGAAACCAUGAAUAUGGUUAGAUCGCAUCAUGUAAGAUUAGAAGGUGAUUUUGUAAAUAUAGUGGUGAGUAUCAUGUUAUUAGAAGGUAUCGGUCGACAAUUAAAUCCAGAUUUGGAUUUAUUGAAAAAUUCGCUACCCGUUUUACGAGACUACAGUAUCAAGGAAGGCGGAAAAAAGGCCUUGGAAAAUAUGAAGGAUCCUCAAUUAAACAGUGGGCAUUGGAUAAAAGUUUGGAUAUUUCUUGAGCUCCGAAAUUAUCUCGGCAGAAAUACCCGUGAUGAAGAAUGGCUCCAACUCUGUGAUAUUCUUUGUCCCAACAACUGAUUAUAAAUAAAUAUGUCAAACCUGGUCUUUAAAAAAUCUUUUUUUUUUUUUUUUUUCUUCUUCUCUUGAUUUUAUUUAUACAUGAUACCCGCCAUAGAUACCCAAAAGAAUAAUGAUGGUCAACUAUGGAGUAUUAUAGAAAAGCAACGUAUCAUUAUCUUGGAGUUACA